AUGGCCGAACAAAACAUAACCUCGAACGGGACCACCGUGUCCACCCUCUGUAAACGCUGCUGCACAAGCCCCUCCGUAAUAAACCUUCGAACAGAGCACCUCUGCAGGUACCACCCCCCUCCACCACCACCACCUCCUCCCCCUAACUGACUCGUAACCCAGUGACUGCUUCGACAAAUACAUCCGCUCAAAAUGCAUAAAACGUAUGGAAGCCUACCGCGUUCGCUAUAACCCUCCAGACACCGACACCUCUCCUCGACGUCUCCUCCUCCCUCUCUCAUUCGGGAUAUCCUCUACAACCCUGCUGCACCUCCUCAACUCACAACUCCAAAACCAGCUCGCACGCACGACACGCACUGGGUUCGUGCUCGUAGUCGUCCACAUUGACGAGAGCGCCAUAGACCCGACCGUCCCACCAGGGGAGAAGAGUAUGCGGGCAGUUCAGGAACGGUUUCCGCACGUGGGAGAGUACUUGGUCGUAAAGCUAGAAGGAAUAUACGAGUUCCCCAGUGCUGUGAAGGCUUUCGAAAUGGGCGUAGGGGGCUCGGGAGGAGGGGAUUGGGAGGAGAAAUUAAAGGACUUACUGGGCGCAUUGCCAUCGUCCACUUCCCGCAUGGACGUUCUCCAUAUCCUUAGGACGAGACUCAUCACCGGGCUCGCGCGGAAGCACGCUUGCGAAGCAGUCCUCUGGGGUGAUACGACCACCCGCCUUGCGGAGAAGACGCUCGCGGAAACUGCCAAGGGGCGGGGAUUCUCCAUCCCCUGGCAAACGUCCGACGGCGAUUCCCCCUACGGCCUCAAGUUCUUGUAUCCGCUCAGGGAUUUGCUAAAGAAGGAAUUGGCAGUCUACAUUUCGCUGGAUGCGCCCACUCCGCUACGUCCGCUGUGCUCCGGAGCGGCGGAGGAGGGGGAGGGGAAGAAGAAGUACGCUGCCGUUGGGAAGGGGAUCACGAUCGAUGAGCUGAUGACGCAGUAUUUUGAGGGGAUUGAGGGGCAAUAUCCGUCCAUUGUUGCGAACGUUGUGCGGACGGCGGGGAAGCUGGUCACCGAGGGAGGUGUGGUUAGGAUUGGCAGGUGUAAGAUUUGCGGGCUUCCCAGGGAUGGCGGUGGUGGGGAGUUGGUUCUUGGUGCCGGGGCGAAGAGCGGGGAGACUUCCGGUGGGGGGGGAAAGGAAGGGGGCGACAUGUGCUAUGGGUGCGCGAGGUCUGUAUAUGGUGCGAGGCCAUAUGAGUGGCCAUUAUGA